ACGAGCCGAAGAAAUGGCGGAUCCAGAGGUGCAGAGUCGGAUUUCUUCGAGUGAAAUACAAAUCCAAAACAAGGAAAACGAAGAAAUUAUUAUAUCAGAAGCUCAGUUAAAUAAAGUCUUCAACAGGCAUUUGGAACUUAUCAUUACAUAUGUUGAAAAUUCGAAACUACUCUUUAUGCCUUAUCCAAUCGAGACCAUCAGACAAUUCGUUACUUAUGUACAGACGGACGAUCCCGGAUUGACCUCUAUUAUACACGCGUUCGAUCUGUAUCAUCUGAGUUUAAGAUACGAGUUAGACCAUUUAAGAAAGAAAUGCAGAUCAUUUAUCAUUCGGAAAAUAAACCUGAAUACCGUCUGUGCAAUCCACGAUUUUGCACCUGAGAUCGGUGAUCUGCUCAUAACUUAUUAUUGCUGGCAAGCUUUCGACUAUCACGGAGAAAGACCAUUUACAACAGUCGACUUUAUGUGCUGUAGAAUUACAACAAUUGAUAGACUGCUAUCUCGAGCGAUAUAUGAAUCUGUCAGUGAAUUGCGUUUACUCCAAGCCGUGUAUCAGUGGAGCAUAGAAGAAGUUAAAAGGAAAUUGGGUACAGACAACUUCCAUUCGAUGAAUGAAGAGUCGGAAAGGAAUACAAUUAGAAAUGUUAUGAAGCCAUUUAUUGAAAAAGUCAGAUUUUUUUCCAUGAAUAAAGACGAAUUGCAAUCUUGUGUUUAUACACUAAACUUGUUACACGAGCAGGGGCGGACUAAGGCCUAGGCAACCUAGGCACGUGCCUAGGGCCCGUAAUUUUUGGGGCCCCAAAAAUUAGGUUUUUAAUUUUUUAAUUUUAAAAAUAGGCCCGGAAUUACAAUGUUGCCUAGGGCCCGCUUUAGCCUUAGUCCGCCUCUGUACACGAGAUAGAAAAGAUUCAUAUCUGGCAUGCUUUUAAUACUGGUAAUUAUUCCUUGUAUCUCAGUUACUUCAGUCGAGAAACAAAAACCAGAAGCAGAAUGAAUUAUUGUAACUUGUUCUCGUACAUAAAUCUUGGAGAUUCUUCUCUGGUCUCAACAAGAGAGAUGAAAGGUUACAUAUAUUUUAGCAGCGAAGUAGUUGUGAGGGAAGAUUGUUUCGUCACGGCUCUUCGAUUUCCGGUGAAGCUUGGCGAAAGUUUUCCAAUGUACGUAUAUGCGUAUAUUAACAAUUUGGAUAACGAGUAUUUUUCGUUUGAAACCGUUUGCAAUUCAGAGGGAGUAGCAGACCUGAAAACGAGGUUGUAUCUAGAAAAAUAUUGGUCAAUUCGUUUAAUUGCUUUCUUUUUCCUCGUUGAAAAUGUCCAACACGAUGUCGAGUUUUCAUGUCAACUGAGUUAUUUUGUGAGCGUCGAAGGAACAGCUGCCAGGAAAUUUGAAGACAAAUUCCUAAUCGGUGACAGAAACCUUGUGAAUAAUAUUUACUUUUUGGUUGAUUUAUACUUUUGAAGUGAAAAGUUUUACUGGAAA